CCGUGGUCUUGCAGGUCCAGAUGCUCUGAUUUCCUCAUCUCCCAGCCUGGCCAGCCCUCCUUCCCGGGGCAUGAGAUAAUUUGUCCAAGAUCAGAGAGGGAUCCAUGAAUCUCCCCAAGAUCCCCGACAUCUCUUGGUUCUCUCCUGGACCCCCCGUCUCGGCCAGCAGCAACCCCCCCUCCCCCCCCACGGAUCUCCCAGGGCGCGCACGGGGCAGCCAAGCCUGCAAAGUCCAGGCGCCGUUGGUGCUCCCGACCAGGCCGUCUCCGUCUCCGUCCAGGUCCAGCCAGCCACCCCAACAGCCCCUGCCCAUUGGGGACCUGACCUGGUUUUCCCGUCUGCUGCUAGCGUGUGAAACUUCCUUCUGUCUCUCCUUCCUGCCCGCGUCUCUGCCCCCUCGACCGAACCUCUCCGCGGCCCUCAGCACCACCCCUCCCCUCCCCUCCCCUCCUGCUCCCACGAUCACGCUCGAAACACGGCCGAGACGACGGCAGAAGCGCCAUCGACCGUCGUGGGAAUGCAGAGGCGGUCUUCUGGCUCGGACGACGGUGACGGCCUGCAAUCGCAACAUCAUCUGCCUGUCAAUGCCGCCGCCGCCGCCGCCAACCCCAGCUCCAACACCUCCCUCGGCCUCCCCCUCGCCCUCGGUUCCGGUCUCGAUGCCACGCCCUCUGCGCAGGCUACCUCGGCCCAUACGCACGGCAGGGCUCCCGGUCAGCAGGCGCCCCGGGGCUCAGACAGCAGGCGCACCAGCUUCGACCUCCGAUCCCACUCCGCCCGCAGCCGCCGCUCCGGCAACUUCUCCUCCUGGAAGCCCAUUUCCCCCCAGAACGGUGCUGCCGUCGACAAGACCCCCCUCGCCCUGCCCGUCGGCCCCUCAGCCGUGCCAGUCAUGGCCCCGAAGACCGACCAACACUCGGAAGGUGUCGACAAGUCGCCCGAUCCCAAGGGCCUCCGCCGUCUGCGAUCCCGAAGCCCGUGGGCGCUUGGUCUUUUGACCCUCUUGGCAUCGAUAGUUGGUCUUGGUUUCCUCGCUGCAAUACUCCAUUCGAGCGCAACGCGAUGUCUCGAUGCCAAGGGCUGCAUCAUGUCCUAUAUGCGGCCGGCAUACGUCAAGCUACACGACUUUGACACCGAGCACACCCGGUUCGGCAGCAAGUACUCGCUCUAUUUCUACAGGGAACUCGAGGUGGACGAGGAGGUCAAGUUACGAGGCACCCCCGUCCUCUUCAUCCCUGGGAACGCAGGGAGCUACAAGCAGGUGCGCCCGCUCGCUGCCGAGGCUGCGAACUACUUCCACGACACGCUCCUGCACGAUCCCUUGGCCCUCCGAGAUGGCGUGCGCGAUCUCGACUUCUUCACCGUUGAUUUCAACGAGGACUUCACCGCUUUCCACGGCCAGACGCUGGUCGACCAGGCCGAAUACCUGAAUGAGGCCAUCCGCUACAUAUUGUCUCUAUACCUAGACCCGCGCAUGACAAACCGCGAUUCAGACUUGCCCGAUCCGACCUCAGUCAUUAUCGUGGGCCACUCUAUGGGCGGCAUCGUGGCUCGCACCAUGCUCAUAAUGCCUAAUUACCAGGCGCACUCUAUCAACACAAUCAUCACCAUGUCUGCGCCGCACUCGAGACCACCCGUCUCCUUCGACAGUGAGAUUGUCAAGGUGUACGGCGAGAUCAACGACUACUGGAGGAAGGCAUAUGCCCAGAAAUGGGCCAACAACAACCCGCUGUGGCAUGUCACCCUGAUCUCUAUUGCCGGUGGAAGCCUGGACACCGUUGUGCCGUCCGACUACGCCAGCCUGGAAUCCAUUGUGCCAGAGACACAUGGCUUCACCGUUUUCACCUCCACCAUUCCGACCGUGUGGACCAGUAUGGAUCACCAGGCAAUCCUCUGGUGCGACCAGCAUCGAAAAGUUGUGAUACGGGCAUUGUACGAUGUGGUCGAUGCGCACCGCCCUUCGCAAACGAAGCCCCGCGCCCAGCGCAUGAGUGUCUUCAAGAAGCACUUCCUCACCGGCCUCGAGGAGAACGCAGAGAAAUCCGUACUACACAAGGAACAUAGCACAUUGCUCACCCUCGAGGAUGACUCGCAUGAUAUUGUACCGCAAGGAGACCGAUUGGCACUGCGAGGCUUGGGGCAGCAGGGCAAACCGCAAGCGCACCUGGUCCCGAUCCCACCCUUAGGUUCGUCGCCGAGCCGGUUCACACUUCUAACCGAUCAGCCGCUCGACGGAGCCGGUGAGUCCGGGAAGCUGGAGGUCCUGCUCUGCAGUGUUCACACGCUGCAGCCUGGCCAGGCGGGUAUGAUGUUGCCGUGGAAGAUGGAUCUGUCGUCAGGGGAGAGCCGGAGCUCGACUCGGCUGGCCUGCAAGAACGCCGCUUCCGACGUUGUGCAACUCCCUGCGUCAACCAGAUUCACCCAACAGCCAUUCCCCCCUGCCGGCUCCAGGCCCGUGACACCAUUCUCGUUCCUGCAGUAUGAACUGGACGACAUCGCGGAUCAUCAAUUCGUUGCCAUUGUGGAUAAGGGAAUCACUUCAUCUGGAUUCGUGCUCGCAGAGUUCAGCGAUAUCGCCGAUUCUCAUCGAACCCGUCACAUCAGUCUGCGUCGGAUGCUCGCCUUUGGCAUGGAUUUUCGACUGCCUGCCCAUAGGCCGAUCGUGACAGAGAUCAAGAUACCGUCAAUCCAGUCCAGCCUACUCGCGUACAGUUUGGAACUCAGUGGGCAGUCCUGUGGGAAGAACAAGGAGCUCUUCGCGCCAUUGGUCCGUCAAUAUCUUACAGAACCGUACGAGUCUAAGUUCUUCGUCAAUGCUCGGCACGCCAGCAUUAGCAUGCACGGAGUUGCCCCAUUUAAUCCUCCGCCGAUGAAGAGAAAAAUGACCGAGGAAGGACUGAGUUUCCAGUUCUGGACCGACCCGACGUGUGACUCCAGCAUCAACGUCCGCCUGACCGUGGAUGCCCUGGGCAGUAUGGGAAAACUCUACAUGCGCUAUCGGACCGCAUUUGCGGCCUUCCCGCUGCUGAUCGUUGCUUUGAUCAUUCGCAAGCAAUUCCGGGUAUACGACAGUCAGGGCGUCUUCAUCCCUUUCAAUGAGAGCCUGGACUUGUGUCUGCGACGGUCUAUACCGUUGAUCCUCGCGUCAUUAACACUCUUAUCCCUCUCCUUGGACACAUCUGGAACUCAUGGGACGGCAAGCUACUGGCCGUUCAAAAAUGUGACAGACGGCAUCGACUUCCAGCAGAACGACCUCUUAGCUGGGACACGAGACCCGUUCUUCUGGUUCAUGAUACCUCUCAUUGGCAUUGUCUGCGUCGGCGUAUGCGCGGUUCUCAAUUACGCAGUGCUAGCUGUCACAUCGGUACUGAGCACCGUGUACGGCUGGCUGAGCUUCCGCCCAGCCUGGGUGCGCUACGAUGAUAGGCGUCGGGCCAUGCCACAUGGCUUCAUGCCCUCCUCGCCACGACGACGGCUCAUCACGACAGCUAUCCUGCUGUUCUUGGUCACGACCUUCAUACCCUACCAGUUCGCAUACCUGGUCGCGUGUGUGGUACAGCUCAUCACCGCAGUACGGGCCCACCGCAUCGCCUGUGAGAUGCCGUCCAACGCCAACCGUAGCUUCUACAACUACGCCCAUGCUAUUUUCUCCCUGAUGCUCUGGGUGCUCCCUAUCAACAUACCUAUACUGGUCGUCUGGAUACGCAACCUGACAGUGCACUGGUUCACACCCUUCUCCUCCCACCACAACGUCAUGUCGAUUAUGCCCUUCAUCGUCCUUGUCGAAACAUUUACCGCGGGGAAGAUGGUCCCAAGGGUGACGGGUCGCCUGAGACAUAUCACCAGCGUCCUGAUCUUUGGCGUGGCAGUGUGCGCAGCUGUUUACGGUGUAUCGUACGGCUACAUGAUUCACCACCUGGUCAACAUCGUCGCAGCCUGGCUUGUUGUGAUACAUUCGGCAUCUGACUCGUGGUCCCUGGCCGGGUGGAGCGCCUUAUUCGAGGGCAACCCCGAGACGCGGAAAGGAGGGAAAACCCCAUAGGAGCAAACGCCUGGUGGCUGGCGUCGCCUCAUCCGACACCAUGCCACUUAGCUAAGCGACCAUCAGCAUCACGAAGCUUUCUGAAACAUAGCGAGAGUCUUGUUCUGCAGGGCGGCAUUCUGGAUAUAUUCUUUCAUACAAAUCAUUACGUGGCGUUGGGUUGCAUUUACAGGUGGCGGCCUGGGCGGCUGUGCUUAUCGGGACUUGGCCAUCUUCGCGCAGACACAGGUCUUUGGGUUAAGGGGUUUUAAUCGCCAGGUUCCUUGGGCUGGGACCGAAAUAAUGCUUCUGCUUCUACUUCUUCUGUUCACUUUUUAUGACUGCACCCGAGGCUGGUUCUGUCGUCGGCGGAAUGGCUUACCCUACGAUUCUAUACACACUCCGCCACAGUGCUUUGACGAAACGAGACGGACGGGUGAUGCGGGAUGGAUAUAUACCUUUUUGGCUCAUGAUAGAAUUCUUGACUACUCGCACAGACACAGAUUCACACACACACACACAUUCUCGACCUGGAACGAGCGAACGGACUUGGGUUCGGUACCGGAUAUUUGGCAGGUGUCUUGAUCCCUUUGCAGAGGCGCAAGACUUCGUUUUAGCUAUUGUACACUUUCUGGGUGGAAGAAAGCCAUUGCUGCUGGGACAGAGCAGGACCUCAGGGUAUCGCAAAGCCCGAGGACGUUGCUUGUAUGACUGUACAGGGUACAAGUUGCAAUGGAGAUGGACGUGGGUGGCACUUUCAACCCUGGUAUAGAAUAUCGCAAUGGACUCAAUGACUACCCU